CUUUGGAUUCUGGGAGCACAAACACACACAUCAGCCAUUUUCAGUCUGCUGUGGUCAUCCUCCCUCGCUCCAGCUCAGAGAUCCGCCGACUGUCGCGCUGAAAGGGACGAGAAGGAUGGACGAGGCGAAAGCGGGCGAUCGCGCGCACGGGCGUUUGUUCUGAGACCAAAAAAAGAAGCGCAGCGCCGACGCGCCGCCGGGGAUUCGACCGACAUCGUUUCACUGGAGCGGCUCUGGGAUCCCGGACGGGUCUGAAUCCGCAACGUCGCGUUGUUUUUUUCACGCUCGGGUCGAAGAGAAGCCCGGCGCGAGCGGAUUAUUAAAGCGAGCGGCGUGCCCCGCGGGUGAUGUCCACCAUGGUGUACCCUCGAGAAGAGGCGCUGGAGCGUCUGACGCAGGACGAGAUCGUGCUCAACACCAAAGCGGUGAUGCAGGGCUUGGAGACUCUGCGAGGGGAACACGCUCAGCUCCUCAACUCCAUCCUGGACUGCGCUCAGCCGCCCGUCGCUCAGGAGAAAUCCAGCCUGCUCCGCAAGAGCCUGGAGGACAUCGAGCUGGGGCUGGGAGAGGCGCAGGUGAUCAUCGCCCUGUCGGGUCACCUGAGCGCGGUGGAGUCGGAGAAGCAGAAGCUGCGAGCUCAGGUGCGUCGCCUCUGUCAGGAGAACCAGUGGCUGCGGGACGAGCUGGCCGGCACCCAGCACAAGCUGCAGAAGAGCGAGCAGAGCGUCGCACAGCUGGAGGAGGAGAAGAAACACCUGGAGUUCAUGAACCAGAUCCGCAAGCUGGAUGAAGACGCCUCGCCCUCCGAGGAGAAGGCCGGGGAGAAGGAGAAGGACAACCUGGACGACCUGUUUCCAAACGACGACGACCAGGGACCAGCUCAGCCCAGCGGUGAAGCGGCGGCGCAGCAGGGAGGUUAUGAGAUCCCGGCCCGUCUGAGAACGCUUCAUAACCUGGUGAUCCAGUACGCCUCUCAGGGCCGCUACGAGGUGGCCGUGCCGCUCUGCAAGCAGGCUCUGGAGGACCUGGAGAAAACCUCCGGACACGACCACCCAGACGUGGCCACCAUGCUCAACAUCCUCGCCCUGGUCUACAGGGAUCAGAACAAGUACAAAGAGGCGGCUCACCUGCUGAACGACGCUCUGGCCAUCAGAGAGAAGACUCUGGGGAAAGAUCACCCCGCCGUGGCCGCGACCCUCAACAACCUGGCCGUGCUGUACGGCAAGCGAGGGAAACACAAGGAGGCCGAACCGCUCUGCAAGAGAGCGCUGGAGAUCCGGGAGAAGGUUCUGGGUAAGUUCCACCCCGACGUGGCGAAGCAGCUCAAUAAUCUGGCCCUGCUCUGUCAGAAUCAGGGCAAGUAUGAGGAAGUGGAGUAUUAUUACCGCAGGGCGCUCGAGAUCUACGAGAACAAGCUGGGCGCAGACGACCCUAAUGUGGCCAAGACCAAAAACAACCUGGCCACGUGUUACCUGAAACAGGGCAAGUUCAAAGACGCAGAGACGCUUUACAAGGAGAUCCUGACCCGCGCACAUGAGAAGGAGUUCGGAUCUGUCAACAAUGAUAACAAACCAAUCUGGAUGCAUGCAGAGGAAAGAGAAGAAAGCAAGGGUAAGAGGAAGGACUCGGGUCCGUACGGCGAAUACGGCAGCUGGUACAAAGCCUGUAAAGUGGACAGCCCCACUGUUAACACCACGCUGAAGAGCCUGGGGGCUCUGUACCGCCGCCAGGGCAAGCUGGAGGCCGCCGAGACGCUAGAGGAAUGUGCCACGAAAAACCGCAAACAGGGCAUCGAUGCCAUCAAUCAGAGUAAGGUGGUGGAGCUGCUGAAGGAUGGAGGCUGCGCUGGAGGAGACCGCCGUCAGAGUCGGGAUGGGGCGAACGGCCCCGGAGGGCCCCGGGGGGACUGUGACGGAGACGAGGCCGAGUGGAGCGGGGACGGCAGCGGCGGCCUGCGGAGGAGCGGCUCGUUCGGGAAGAUCCGUGAAGCGCUGCGGCGCAGCAGUGAGAUGCUGGUGAAGAAGCUGCAGGGCAGCGGCCCUCAGGAGCCACGCAACCCCGGGAUGAAGAGGGCGAGCUCCUUAAAUUUCCUCAACAAGAGCGCAGAAGAAACCUCACAGGAGUCUAACAGCGGUCUGUCAGAGUCCAGAGGACUGAGCGCUAGCAAUGUGGACCUGACCAGACGCAGCUCUCUGAUCAGUUAGAAAAGACGUCUGGAGGCGGAAGAGGAGCCGAACGGAGAGGCUGUUUGCUACCUACUUGAAUCGAAAAUGUCAUUAAACGAUCCUCAUCCCAAACGAUUUCCUAAGAAAAAGAUCUUAAAAGCAAAAACAUGUCUUUUUAGUUUCACAUCGCUUGCGAAAUUCCGGGCUUCAUCUCUCCGCUUCGCCCGAUCAAACGCAACGUAGCACGCUAACACAUCGUGAAAUGACAUCGUAGCAUGGCGUCAAAAUCGCGUAGUUUAGCAUACAACGACCGAGUUAUCGAUGCGUACGUUUGCCAUUUAGAAAACAUUAAAGUUCGUGUAUAUAUCGUAGAUGCACAGACGCUGCGAACGCUAACGACUUCCACGACCUCACCGAGUCGAAACGGUGCGACGAAACUACUGCGAAUGCACUCACGAGAAAUACGAGCGUUAGCGAAGGAGUCGAAAUUCGAGAGCGCCGACCGGUACGACCUCACGUUCGCCUUUCUGAGUUUGAUGUAUAUAAUGAUUUAAAUUAUUUAAGGUCUUUUCGUUUCACAAGUGUUUGGUUUACACCGUAGCCGGGGGUCUGUCCCGGAGUGACUGGGAAUCGCGUUAAACGGUACGAUGAAGGAUUUCCGCUUUUUACGAUUUAAAGCCGAUUCGAGGUAGAGCUCUUAUUUAUUAGCGAAUCUAGAUUCGAGGUCAUUUUUAUCUCAUUGCAAGUCAAGCUCGAGCUCUGUCAAAAAAAUAAAAUAAUAAAUCGGAUGAGUCGGUGGAAAAACCAAAACCUAUAUAACUGGAAUUUUCCAUCAAUACAAAAUGUGACGUGUUUUUCAUUUUACGAUUUUUUUUUCAGCCGUUAGAAUAUAAAGAUGUGGCUAAAGCAGACACAUCCUAUUGUUUUUCUUUUAUCUUUUCAUGUUGCAUACAGAUGUCUUGGUGUACUUGUAUGUGAACGUUUUUCUUGAACGAUGAAUGUGUUUGAUUUUGGGUUUAUUUGAAUGAUUUUUGUUUUUCUUACGAUCGUCGGAAGCGAGUGCAGACAAAGCUAGCUUCGGGAACCAGCCACACAAAGGGGCGAAUCUCAUAAAUCGGUCAUAUUUCACCUCAAAUCAUAUGCAGUCACAUUUUCAAAAAAAGAAAACGUUGUUGCUUGUAGUGUUGCAUUACUUUCAUUAGUUAAGCACAUUUUUUCCUCUGAUUUCUAAUUACUAAAACGGUAUAUAUGCCCCUCUCGAUAUUGCUAUACGUUAAAAUCCCAAAAAUAAAGAGCACGACAAGUUAAAAUUAAUAAUUCGUCAUUGAAAUGUAAUUUAUUUGACAUUGUGCAGUAAUUUGGUACGUUACAGUAUUACACUGUUGACAGUUUAGGGGUUUAAAUUAGUUUAAUUAAUGUCACGAGGCUAAACGUUUCCAUAAAAUACUCUUAAUUCUAUAGAAUUCUCCAACUUCGCAAUCGUCGGUUUUGCGGUGAAAUAUGACGAGCUUGUUCGUUUGUGGGAUUUUCUCAAACGGAAUGUAUCGCGAAAAUGUGUUCAACGCUGAUGAUUACGUUUCGUUAAGAUGAACAAAAAGAAUUGCUCUAGAAAGUGCUGAAGCGAAGACAGAAAAAGGUUUUAAAAGUCGCAAUCGGGGCGAUAUUUACGAAUGUCACUAUUGAUUGUAAAAUACAGAUUUUGACUCACGACCACACACACACACACACACACACACACACACACACACACUUGUGUAUCCUCAUGCUAGCACAGACAGGUGUGUAGUUUGUAAUAAUGCUGUGUUUACAUCUCACUUAUGAAUGUGACCCACCUCUGGCCGUUUUGUUCGUCGUGUUUUCUGAUGAUUUGUGAUGCCUUCCUCUCGCCACACGACCGUUAUAAACGGCGGUUAGACUGCGCCGCCCUUCCGCACUGAUCUCAGAACAGCGCCCCCUGUCCCGCUCUGAAAGCGUAGCGCCGGUAGCGUCCCGGAGCGGCGGUGAAGAGACGCGUCUAGCCGCUCUGCAGAAUGUAGUCCUUUUCCUCGGAGAUGCGUUUCACCUGUGAACGGGGCCAACCUCCUGUACGUUUUAACAAAAGGUUCGGAAUAAACUCUGCUUUUCAAACCAAA